UGACCAUGUUGACGACGAGGAAAGUUUGUGUUGUCUCUAAGGGCGUAGACUUCCUUGUCUGAACAACUUAAACAAAUAUGUAGCGCGAUGGCUUAAUGUUGAAUUUUUCUAUUGUGGAAGGAAGGUCCAUGAUGCCCAUGUUUGGCAGUUUCUAUCUGACUGAGUGCUAAGCAAAACCAGAAAAGGGCUUCUUGUCUCCAACUGACAUUGUUGUAUGAAAGGAAAACAUCGCUAGUCAUGUCUGAACCUCCGCCACUUUCAUUACUACAGGGCGAGCGACGAAAGCGGACAGGUGACAGAAGAGGAAGUUCUGGUGGCGAUGGUCUGGUCAAAGUUUCCCUCCACGCAGUGACUGAUGCACAGGCUAAGCUUCUUAGAAGAAAUACGCUUCUACUCAGAGAGAUCCGACAGAAAUCAGACGCUGAUAUAAAAUUUGACCGUAACCCGUCACCUCUACCAGGUAUGAAGAUUGUCAUCAUCCACGGUGCCCCAUCUAAGAUCGCGGAAGCCGUCAGGCUCAUUCAUCAGACGACCGGUGCUCAGGCAACGCUGUCAGAUGUUGAGAUAUUCUGGCUCCAGUGGGUUGAGGCCGCGUUCCCUGAUCUCAACUCACGCGCCUACUUCCUGCCUCCUGUCUACUUCAACCGCGUGCCCAUGACUAGACAGAUAGUUGCUGGUAAGGAUGUUCAGGUACUACUACCUGAAAAGGGAGGUAUGGAUCGUUUUGGACAAAUUUGUGGGUCCUCCAACCAACAGGAACUCAAUUACGCUGGCUUAAAUUCGAACCAUCAAGUGACGCGUCCACCAGUAACUUCCCAGGCUUCCACUUCUCCAAAUGCUUCUGUUCAGGACAGCGACAUUAGAUACGACGCAGCCAUGAGGCAAGUUCUUUUCUGUCUUCAAAACUUGUCAGAAAAGACAGGAGAAGUGUUUGUUGGAAUCACUCGAUUCCACUUCGGACAAUAUCUGACUGAACCUGGUUUUGCUGUGGUGGCUGCCCAGUUACCCCGAGCCUCCAACCUACCUCCUCACUUGCCAAAGAACUGGAAACAGGGAGAAUUUGAUGUGCUUCUUAUUCACCGAUAUUAUGGCUUUGUUGUCUGUAAUGUGAUGUCUUUUGGUGACAUCACAAACCAACUUUGCAUGUCACAAGAUGAUAUUGAUGAAACCAUAAGAAGGAAGCUGACAGACGCCAUGUCACAGCUGGACAAGGCGGAGGCCAUGUUGUCUCACCUGGUGUCCGACAUCGCUCCCGGUCUGCGCAUCACUAAGACCAUCGCUUUACCAAACCUCACGGCUCGUCAACUUCAACAGGCCAUCUCUCACGACUCACAGCUCACUGAGGACCUGUGUCGGUGUCUGGGAACAUCAGACCCCGCCGACAUCCCUGGUCUGUUUUGCCGCUUGCCACUGCAUGUGAUAUUGAGUCUGGCAGAUCCACGAUCCUUAAAGGCAUUUUAG